GUUGAAUAUAUUUCAAUUUUGAUUUUUCAAGUUAAGAGCAUCGACUUAUCGAAUUGUUUUGGUUUUUUUUGAGGUUAUCUUAUAUCUACUAGUUACUUAUUUUAGUAUCGUUAAUACUCAGUGUUAUAAAUACCAAUAUUUGUCUCUACAAUGGAAGAUAAUGACGACCUUGAUUUUGUUGCAUCUGAACAUGACCGUCUCGUAAGCGCAAUAACCAAACUUGAUAAAACUCAACAUAUCACGGAGCCUACCAGAAACGAAUCUACUAACCAGAACUCCGAAUUCAAUUUAAUCAAACGGUCUAGUAAGUUACAGCUUGACAAUGUUGUCAAAGUUUUGGAAGACACCGCCCGCAAUGUGCAAAUUGGCAAGAAACUAAAGAAAAGCCAAGAAGCUACAGUCUUACCGAAGCCGCUGGAAAAACCUCAAGCCGAACGUAUAAAGAGGGCUACAGGUUAUGAACAAACUAAAGUGAAAAUUGGUAGGUGGGACCCUGUUGUUGCUAGAAAUAGGACUGUAGAUGUUGUUUCCUUUCCUAUAAAACGAUUUCCGGGCAAAGUGCAGCAGACGAGCGAUUUUCUCUCGAAACUUGAGCUCAAGUCUCCCUUGGAAAAGGAGUUAGAAGAGAUUGAUCCUCCUCCAGAAUCAACAGAAGUAGAAGACGAAGAACAAAUAUAUCCAAUGAGCUAUGAAGAAAUGCUGGAGCAUAGACAGAAUGCAGCGAAGUUUAGGGCUCAGCAGUCAUAUAAGGCUGCUAAAGCAAAGAGACAAAGUAAAAUUAAAAGUAAAAAAUAUCACCGUAUCCUCAAAAAAGAAAGACUUAAACAACAGUUAAAGGAAUUUGAAGAAUUACAGAGUAAAAAUCCAGAGGAAGCUCUCAAGAAAUUGGAAGAGCUUGAAAAAGCCAGGGCGUUGGAGAGACACACUCUUAGACAUAAGAACACAGGGAAAUGGGCUAAGAGCAAAUUAGUUCGGGCUAAAUAUGACAAAGAGGUAAGACAACAACUAGCUGAACAAUUAUCUGUGAGUAGAAGUUUAACAUUCAAAACGCAAGAUACACAGAGUACUGAUGAUGAAGCAGAUGAAACGGAGAAUAUUCCAGAUUUAAAUCUAGCACAAGACCCAAAGAACCCUUGGAUGAUGAAGAGUUCUGAUAAAAGUAAUGUUGAUGCAGAAUUUGACUUUGGUUACAAAAAGUAUCUAAAAGAUAAAAUGUAUAAGCGAAAAGAGAUGGAUUCAGAUUCUGAUCAAGAAAUUUUAGAAGAAACUAAGAAUAAAAAGGCAGACUCAUCGCUGGCAAUUCUUAAAGAUAGUGUAAAAAAAUUAUAUGAUAUGAAUGUUCCAACAGAUAAAUUAAAUGAAGAAGCAAAAUCAGACGAAAAUCUAGAUAAAAAAAUUGUUGCAAUUACUAGUGCAGCUGAAAAAAGUAAAUACAAAACAAGAUCAACUAAAAAGGUUUCUAUUAAGACAAUAUCAACUUCUGAUUGGGUUGUUGAAGAAUAUGUAGCAUCUAAAUCGAUCAAUGAUAGGAAAGUGUCAGAAGACAUUUCAACUGUAUUUGAUAAAUUUGAAAACAAUCUUGUGGGAAAGGUAGAGAAAAAGUUAAAAAAGCUAAGAAAACAGAUUAGCAAUAUAGAUAAACAAUCUAAAGAAACACAUGAUAAAGAGCAGAAUGAAAUUAAUGAUGAACAAGAUAACCUUGACUACUUUAAGUUCAAGAACCAAAAUCCAAAACCCCAAAUUGAUGAAGCAUUGUUAGAAACACAUAAAGAUGUUGCAAGUAUAAAGGAAAACGAACAAUCUUUGUUGAAUAAUAUACUGUCAACAAUAGAAGCACCUACACAAGAAAAUGUAAAUGUGGAUAUUGAUCCUAAUAGAUUUAUCGAAGCUAAGCCCAAGUAUUUAAACACAGCUAUGUCAAAGGGAGAAAAUGGUCUUGAUGAUUUAGAUGAUGAGGAAGAACAAGUUGUUCCAAAGGUUGACAUUGAGGAAGUUUUUGAAGAAGAUGAUGUUGUUGAUAGCUUUAGACAAGAGAAAGAGGAUGAAAUAAAUAAUGAUACACCAAAAGAUAUUGAUCUGACUCUGCCAGGAUGGGGUAGCUGGGGUGGCAAAGGCGUAAAAGCACCCAAGCGCAAGAGGAACAGGUUCAUUGGUAAACCAGCCCCUAAGAUGCCUAGACGUGAUAAAAAUAAAGGUGAUAUUAUAAUUAAUGAAUUCCAAAAUCCUAAACUUGCUGCACAUAAAGUAUCAGACUUGCCUUUUCCUUUCACUAGCAUAAAGGACUAUGAAGCUUCUAUAAGAACACCUCUAGGUAAUACUUUUAUACCAGAAACUGCUCAUAAGAAACUUAUUCAACCUAGUGUUAUAACUAAAGUAGGUACAGUGAUUGAACCAAUGGAUGAAGAUGAAUUACUUGUUAAAAAGAAUCGCAAUUUUAAGAAUACUUCUGUUUUGAAAUUAUUGGCUAAGCAAUAAAAUUCAAAUUUGCUUAG